AUGACCAGCAAUUACAGAGCCAGAAGCCGACAGAUUAUCGAUCUCACCUCUCCCCGGCGCUCAGCUUUAUCCAAUGAUCUCACUUAUUCUCCCAUAGAGCAAUCGGCCGAAGGCAGAAUUGUUAUUGAUCUGACCACCCCUAUUCCGGAGCAGGUUGGGAGCCAAAGGAUCUUUAUUGAUCUGACUAUUUCUUCCCAAGAACCUGGACCCAUUAUCAGUGGUGAAGUCCGGAAUGUUAUGAAGGUAACAGAAUACGGUCAAACGCCAGUGCUAGUUCAUGAACUUCCCCCUGCAUACAGGUCUGUCAGUGCAAAUUACCAUGCGUCAAUCUCGGAUCAACACACUUUCCCUGAUUGGAAUGGAGGUAACACCACAAAUGGACCGGCGAGUUUAUUUAGUGAGGGUCUUGUUCCAUUGCUUGAAAGACCCAACGUGGAUCACUCUAUGCCUCGCAGGACACCGUUUCACGAACUCCCUGAAAAGCCCAAACUUGGCAAUGCUAUCUCUUCCAAGCUACCCCGAAAAUUUCAUCAACUCCCUGAAAGACCCAACUUUGAUCUCCGCUUGCCCUUCAAAAGACCCCACGGGUUGGAUCUACUGCCAGAACAGCCGAAAGACUGUGAUGUUGUGAUUGAUCUCACCGGCGAUGAUUGGGAAACAGAAGAUGAUUCAGACACAGACAAAAGCGAAUCUAUAUUGAUCUCUAGUGCACCCACUUCUCCCACCUUGCCCUAUCCAUCCAAUGUCCAGAUUGAUGAGCCGACAUAUGAAAUCCUGUUCAAGAUAAGGAGGCGGCCCAAUGCGUUGGACUUUGCUAAAGAAAUGCUUGAUAUGCCCACCAUUUCUGGCUCCUUGCACUACCACAUAUUUUGGACGGAUGGCUCACUUCCUCGCCAUGGUAAUGGAGGGGCGGCAGUCGUGUGGAAAGCUGAGUUAUGGGGGAAAUGGAAAUCGCUUAGGCGUCAACUCAGACAACCAGACCACAGUAAUCUUACGGAGCUUCAUGGAAUUGAAAUGGCAGUGGGGCAAGCUCUUAAGCUUGUUCAAGAGGACCGAGGUGUACGGCAAACCCCUCUCACGGAUCAGGUUGUGAUUCUGACCGAUUGCACAUCCUGCCUUAAUAUGAUCGAGGACCAUUAUCUGGACCGAUAUCGUUCCCCCCGCAUAUACCUCUCAUCUGUAAGACUGAUCACUGGUUGUCUGACAGAUCUGAGGAAAAUGGGAGUUAUAAUAGAGCUGCAUUGGGUCCCUGCACACUCUGGCAUUUUUGGAAAUGAGUUAGCUGACCGCGAGGCACGUUCCGCUGCGCGCAUAGACAUGAAGUCGCGCCAAGCGGGAAGCAAAAACCCUCUACAUCUUGAUAUAGAGAGGUUUGUGACGAUCUGA